CUCAGGCCUAUCCGAAGAUCGGAAAUAAUGAGCUCUGAGCUCGUUCCGUAGGGUAACGUCUGGCUGUCUCGUCAGAGACUGCAGCAGAUCAAACAGUGAAACACACACACACACACACUUUUGAAAGACUUAUUAAAUCUGCAACACGCGCCCUGCCUGCCUGCCUUCCUGCUUCUGUGUGCCAGCCUUCCAAGCUUUAAGCCUACCACAGUAACUAGUCUCCUCCAGCCGUCUCAUAAUGGAGAGCCCCUCGCUAAAGGAACAAGGGUAUCUGCCGCGGCGGUAUCUGGUGGCGAUCAUGGCUUUCCUGGGCAUGGUGUGUAACUACAUGCUGCGUGUCAACAUCAACCUGACUAUCGUGGCCAUGGUGAAGGUUGACGCCAACGCUUCUCAGGGAAACAAUUCAGCCAAGGAGAUCUGUAACUACACGGACAGCGGAGGCCAUGGCGAGGAGCAGGAGGGGGAGUUUCAAUGGGACGCGUUCACCCAAAGCCUCAUCACGAGCUCCUUCUUCAUGGGCUACCUUUGGACUCAAAUACCAGGAGGAAGGAUAGCCGAGCUGUUUGGGGCGCGGCGAGUGUUUGGCGGAGCGCUGACAGCCGCUAGCCUCCUCUCUCUGCUGAUUCCCUUCACCGCUCGGGCCAACGCUGCCCCGCUCAUUGCCAACAGGAUCCUGCUCGGCAUUUCUGAAGGCGCCACUUUUCCCUCCACGCACGCCCUUCUCUCUACCUGGUCCCCGCCAAAAGAACGCUCCACGCUCUCCACCAUUAUAUAUGCAGGUUCACAGGCGGGUACGGUGGUGGCUUACCCUCUGUCCUCCGCUCUCAUCACUUCCCUUGGGUGGGAGUCUGUAUUCUACGUGCAGAGCUGUAUUACCCUGGUAUGGUGCUUCGCCUGGUUCAUGCUGGUGGCCGACAGUCCCUACGUGGACACCAAGAUUACAGACGCAGAGAAGAAGUACAUUAUUGCAGCUAUUGGGGACGACAAAGACAGGAAGCCGCCUCCAGUACCGCUGCGGGCCGCGCUCACCUCCCUCCCUUUUUGGGCCAUACUUUUCUCCAACAUGGGUAACAACUGGGGCUUCUUCACGCUGCUUACCGAGAUGCCUAGCUACAUGAAGACAAUGCUGCUCCAGGAUAUCAAAUCGAACGCGGUACUGAACGCUUUGCCCUACCUGGGGAUGUGGAUCUUCAGCUUGAUCAUCAGCAAGGUCGGGGACACGGUCAUUCAGAAGAACAUUGCUUCCACCGAGGUUGUGAGGAAGACAGCCAACACUAUAUCCCAGCUCGGCCCCGCGGCGUGCCUCAUGGGGAUCACCUUCCUGCACUGUGACAGAACCAGCACCAUCGCUCUCUUCACACUGGCCACCACGCUACAGGGCGGCAUCUACACUGGCUUCAUGGUCAAUCACAUCGAUAUAGCGCCUAACUUCGCCGGCACUCUCUUCGGGAUGACUAACGCUAUGGGCACUAUUCCUAGCUGGGUGGGGCCCCUCAUCGCGGGCUCACUCACCAAGAACCAGCAAACAUUCGAGCAGUGGAACAAAGUCUUCUACAUCGCCGCGGGAAUCUAUGUGGCCAACGCUCUCUUCUAUUUGGGCUUCGCGUCUGGGAAAGUGCAGCCGUGGAACCAUGUCACUGAGCCAGCAGGCGUUACUAAGACGAAGAGCGCCAGUGUGGCCAAGGACAGCAGAAGCACACAGACCAAGCCCCGAGCCAUCUCCAACUCUACUUACGAUGCUUAUGUAGUGACGCCGCAUGCUACAGCUUAUGUCAACCCUGCAUACAAACACUAGUCAUGCUGAUCCGUCCACACACAGUACACACGAACAUAGAGAAAAUAUGGGAAGCUAAAAGAAUUAAUGCGUCCCUGUUACUUACUUUUGCAUAAUUUCAUGGAUAGGUAGAUAUGUAUAUAGAUAAGUAGGUAGAUAAUAAUCACUCCAUCAUUACGAUCUCUUUAUCACACCUCUCACUUCUAAAAGAUAACAUUAAGGGUACAGAAAACAUUAUCGAGGUUAUAACAAAAGGAAUGUCACACUGAUAAUCAAUAAACACGCAAAGAAUAACAUAAAGACUUUACAAUCAUGUGAUCAUUGCUAUCAAAAUCUCAUUUCUAUGUAACAGUGUGUGCCGCGUCUCAUUAGCAGUGACAGGCUGUUGAAAGGAAGAUUCAAGGAGUCUGCAAGGAAUACAUUAUUACCUCUCUGAAGACGAAAUAAGCCGUCUUUAUCCAAUCCUCCACGCACAGGACGAGAGGUCACCAAUUCAAGAUUACACUUGCUAUGUAGACCUCAGCUGGAAAUACGCAGCAAACGCUUUUUCAGUGUUUGAGGAAUUGCUGUGUGGACAUUCAAUCUCAGGUGACAAACUUCAUGAGUAUGUCUAAUACUGCUUGUAGUCGCCAGUCGUGGUGCCUCACACUGUGAUGUGAGGCUGCUGGCGAUAGAGGAUGCUAAGUAAUAAGCGAAUAAUUAAUUUUCAUAACUUGUAGUAUUUAGGAAAUAUGAACAUUAGUAAAUAUAUCAGUAAAUAACAGUAGUGAAGAUGUACGGAGGUUAACUUAAAUGCAGAGAGGUAGUGAGAGGAUUGUUUAUGUGCAAAGACUGAUGACGCUGCGCGUAGGAUAGAUAAGGACAUUAAUUGCUAUUACACUGUGAGUUACAAUACACGUAUUUUUAUUGCCUUCGUGUCAUUGUUCAUGAUACUGAUUUGUUCAUGAUUCAUGUUACUUAUCACUGUGUCAACGAUUAUGUAUAAGUAGGGCAUUAAGAAUUAUCUGGUACAUCAUGAUGUUUAUAUCGGUUAUCCUUACGUUGCCUGUAUGUUGUAUUAAAUAAUCAAUUAUUAUUAUGAUGGCUAUAUGUCUUAUUUUGCAGGCUUUUGUUUACAUUUCAAUAUUCCUCAUACUGGUGUCAACUUGAUUGUCAUGCAGGUUAACCGCAUUAAAGCGAGUAAACGA